GUUUAUGCUGUACUUCCUAAGAGACUCUCCGUCAGUUCUCUUGCAGCUGCCACUUCAAUAUACCACUGCUGCCUUCUUCAGUGGAAAAAGUCAUCCAUCUAAACACCGCAAUCAUACCCCUCCACCCCCCCUCCAUUGUGUUCUGCUUUUCAAUUUCUAUUCUGCUUCCUGCUUGAGACCCCGGCUCUCAGUCUAGAGGUGGGGUUACUUUUGAACCUCCCAACCUCAGAUUAGAAUGGAGCUUUACGGAAAGAUGGCCUCUGCCCAGGACUCCAGGUAUGGCCAGAAGGACACCUCGGACCAGAACUUUGAUUACAUGUUCAAAUUGCUGAUCAUUGGGAACAGCAGUGUGGGGAAAACUUCUUUCCUCUUCCGUUAUGCAGAUGAUUCCUUCACAUCUGCAUUCGUCAGCACUGUUGGCAUUGACUUCAAAGUAAAAACCGUCUUCAAAAAUGAAAAGAGAAUCAAGCUUCAGAUAUGGUUUGGGGAUCCUGCAAAGAUAGCAUACAGGCAUGUGUCCUGGCUUCAAGACAUGAACUAG